UUCGCAUCGUUUUCCCAAUCUGUCACCGCUACGUGGCUGCUUUUGCUUUCAUUUCUGGCAAAGUUUUCGAGAUUUCGAGUUCGCCGCACAACAGUCUCCGCACAGUUAUUCAAAGAAAAAGUGGUGCUCGCGUUUCCGUAACUAAAUAAAACAACACCAGCAGCCAUGAACCCGAAAGCCGUGCUCGCCGUCGUCGCCCUGGUGGCCGUGUCCGCGUCCGUCUGCGCGGCCAGUUCCUGCAGCAACCCGGUGGUCAAGUCGAGCUUCUUCUCCACCUCGGACGCCACCAUCGUCAGCCAGAUCGCGUUCGUGACGGAGUUUACGCUCAAGUGCUCGAACGCCGGUGCCGAGAAGCUGCCGCUGUUUGCCGAAAUCGGCGGCAAGUUGGCCCCGGUCGUGCGCGUCGGAGACUCCAAGUACCAGGUCAGCUGGAACGAGGAGAUCAAGAAGGCCAGCAGUGGCAAGUACACGAUCCGGCUGUUCGACGAGGAAUCGUUCGCGGCCGUCCGUAAGGCGCAACGUGCCGGCGAGGACAUCCAGUCGGUGAAGGCCCUGACCAGCGUCCAGAUCAGCUUCCCCGGUGCGUACAAGGGCCCGUGGAUCAACUCGGAGAUUCUGGCCGCCGGUGUGGUCGCGUUCGUGGCGUACGUGGCCUUCUCGACCCGCACGAAGCUGCUUGCCUAAGCGGUCUAGCCGGAAAAUCAUCGCGCGUCAUUUACAUCAUCGUCGUGAGCAUUUUUUAAGUCUUGUUUUUUUUUGUUUCACAAAACAGCGAUAGACAGUUAAUUUAUGUAUGUUUGAAGGGAAUUUCGUUCCUACUCAGAGGCAUCGACUACAAACCUCCUGCAGGGCACAUGUUCUAAAUGUGACCAGCGGAUUAUAAGUUCAUAGACUGGAUUGAUUAAGAUGAAUUGAAUAGAAGCCUCCAACGAAAACGGA